AUGUUUGUGCGCGCCCUCUACGACUACUCGACCGAGGACACGACGAGCUUGAGUUUUCGAGCCGGCGAUGUGAUCCAGGUACUCAAGCAGCUGGACAGCGGAUGGUGGGACGGGAUCGUGAACGGCCAGAGGGGUUGGUUCCCGAGCAAUUAUUGCAUCCUGGUCCCGCCGGGUGAGACGAACGGGGGCAUGCUAUCGGAUGAUAGCGACGACGGCGACGAGGAUGAUUCAUACGACGAGUACGAUGAUGGCAGUCAGUCCAGCGACUCGGAACGGGGGCUGGCCUCUCCCGGUCUGCCCAUGGAAGGUACGAACAUCGGCAAGGAUGUGUCAGGCCUCUGGGUGCCACAGGCGACUCCGCACGGUAGGUUGUAUUACUUCAAUCUCGAAACCGCGGAAACGCGGCAGGAGCUGCCACUCGAGGCGCCGACCUCGACGACAGAGACCGGGCCGAGGGACACCACUCGCGUCAUUCCCGAUCAGACCAGACCACCGCCGGAACUGCUGGCGAGAGGCUACGAAAGGGAUGAUCUGCGAAGCGACGAUGAAUCGGCGUCGGAUAAGGGUGGCCGCAUGGUCGUUCUGAACACCCCAACGCGCGAACGCAGGGGAACCAUUUCGACAGAACGAGUAUCGGACGCUGCGACUCCGAUGGGUGGUAUGGAUGGCGCGGUCAAUGCAGACCUUCUGCAUGCGAACUCGCUCUCCGCCGUCGCGAAGAAGAAGGUCGACAUCUACCUGGGUACACCGCAAUUGCGCGGCGCAGCGUACGAGUUCUACAAGGACGUCGGCCCGCCGAUGCCGGAAACCUGGGACGAACUCAUCGACAAGACCAGCGUCUCCGUGGAACGGUUCCGACGUGUUGCGGGCACCUAUCAGCAUGCGAAAUACUCGAAGCGGGCCGAAGAGAUCGCCGAUUGGCUGUGCCUCGUGAUCGCGAGUGGAUCGGGAACUACGGACACACACUCGGUGCAGCCUUCGGUGAUUGCGCGGAAGAAGGAGUUGAUGCCGCACUUCCGACACUUCAUGGCCGCAUUCUCCAAACUCAUCCUGUCAUCUUCCGUCGCAUCUACGGACUGCGGUCCUUCCGAUACCGAGACCAAAUGCCUGACGGAGGCCGACGAGGUUUUGGUCGGACUCUUUGGCUAUGUCGAUGUCGCGAAGGAGAUCACCGAGGGAAAACUGCCGCGGAUCAAGCCGGGAUUCAUCAAGGGAAGUACUCUGGCGGAGGGGUGGAAGCCGGCAGCGAGAGCGCUCACCUCACCCGAAACCCCCGGCAGCCCCAAGUCGCCGCACACCCCGGUCGAGCAGUCCCCGGUCGGAAACAAGCCCGGUCAUCUCGAUUCCGCGCUCGUGGAGGCGAUGGAGAAACUGGAUGGUAUCAUCAGGCCUGCCGUGGUGAAGCUUGAGGCUUCGCUGUCCUGCAAGAUGGACGUGGUUACGACCGCGCAACAGCAGGAAAUCGGCACGAAGGUUGUUCUGGCGGCGCAGAAGGUAUUCGAAGCGAUGCGGAAGUACUUCAUCUUGCUCAACGGCGUCAACAUGUUGCCGCAGGCCGCGUCGAGUCCCACCCUUGUGGAUUUCGAGAUUCAGAAGCAGCGACUGCGGGACUCGUACGGAGAACUCGCUGCGGCUUGCAUGAACGUGACGGCGCCUCUGGCAGACGAGUGGACGGUCAGACGAGGGGAGACAUUGGAGGAAAGGCUGAAUGGCAUCCGACAAUGCAUCAGGGAUUUCGAGGGUGGAAUACGAUCGCUGAACUUCACCACGCAGCUGCUGGUUGGCGAGCUGGAAACCCAGAGUGCUAAAACGACCGACGACUUGCGCUGGAACCAGCCAAGCGACCUGUCCCCCCGAUCUCGACACACGCGGGUGGGAUCGCGACAACUCUCUGCGCCGCGAGCCUCGGUCGUGGGUCAAAACGGCCAGUCCAAGGUUUCGAGGUUGCUCGGUGAACAGCCCGUACGGCCGGAACCUCAGGCGACUCGGGAAGGGCAGAAGUACCUGCAGCGCGAUCACGACAACGAGAUCAUCUACGGAGCCAAGGGCCAUGUCAAGGGUGGAACACUCUCGGCUCUGGUCGAGUGUUUGACCCGUCACGACACGCUGGAUUCGGGCUUCAACACGACAUUCCUCCUCACGUACCCUUCGUUCACCAAUUCGUCGGAAUUGUUCACCGAGCUGGCUAAGCGGUUCACUAUGCAGCCGCCGGCUGGCAUCCAGGGAGACGAUUACGAUUUCUGGGUUGAGAAGAAGCAGAGAUUGGUUCGGAUGAGAGUGCUCAGUAUCUUGAAGGUGUGGCUGGAGUCGAAUUGGAUGGAGGCUGUCGACAACGAGUCUAAGCAGGUGCUCAAGUCAAUGCACACCUUCGCCAAGGAUGUCAUGCUGCCCGUUCUGCCCGGUACCAGCCAGGUCUUGUUGCUCAUCGAGACACGCCUGCGCGGCCAAGAGCCGGAGAACAAGCGCAUGAUUCUGACCAUGUCCUCGCAACCGCCUCUGCCGAUCCUCCCCCGAAACAUGAAGAGACUCAAGUUUCUGGACGUCGAUCAGCUCGAGUUUGCGCGCCAGCUGACGAUCAUCGAGGCGAGAUCAUACAGCAAGCUGAGGGUUGUGGAAUGUCUGAGCAAGGGAUGGAGCAAGUCACCACAGCCGGGUGCAAAGGACCCUGCAGAGAACAUCAGAUCCAUCAUCAUGCAGUCGAACCAACUGACCAAUUGGGUGGCGGAGAUGAUCCUCACCCAGACGGAAGCGAGAAAGCGCGUUGUCGUCAUCAAGCAUUUCAUUGGUGUGGCGGAGAAAUGUCGUCUACUGAACAACUUUUCGACACUCACUGCCAUUUUGGCGGCGUUGCAGACCGCGUCGAUUCAUCGCCUGAAACGUACAUGGGAGCAUGUGCCGGCGAAGUCGCAGAUCACCCUGGAAGGACUCAACAGGCUCAUGGGUGCCACCAUGAACUUUGCCGAGUAUCGUGAGAUGCUGCACAUAGUCAACCCGCCCUGUGUUCCUUUCCUUGGUGUUUACCUGAAGGAUCUUACCUUCGUUGCGGACGGCAACGAGGACUUCAUCAAGGGGACCGAGCUCAUCAACUUUGGCAAGCGUGUCAAGGCGGCGAACAUCAUCUCUGAGAUCCAGCAAUACCAAGCGGUGCCGUACCCGCUGACGACAGUUCCGGAGCUGCAAGACUACAUCAUAUCGAGCAUGCAGCAAGCACGCGACGUCAACGAGAUGUACACGGUGUCACUGUCUCUCGAACCGAGAGAGAGGGAAGAUGAGAAGAUUGCAAGGUAG